CCUAUCCAUAUAUGAUCAAAGCCCAUCACCAAACACAAAUUACCCUCAAGACUGAAGAGUGCCUGAACACCUUUGCUUUAUAGACACGUCGUUGACAAACUUAUUUGCAUUGCUUCCAUAAUCCAAUUCUCAAGUUUACGCAAGAGUUUCUCAGGGUUUUGCAAAAUGGCGUCAAAGCGUAUUCUCAAAGAAUUGAAAGAUCUUCAGAAUGAUCCUCCUACUUCUUGCAGUGCUGGCCCAGUAGGCGAAGACAUCUUCCAUUGGCAGGCAACAAUUAUGGGCCCUAUUGACAGUCCGUAUGCCGGCGGAGUGUUCCUCAUCAAUAUUCAUUUCCCUCCAGAUUAUCCAUUUAAACCUCCAAAGGUAGCUUUCAAGACCAAGGUUUUUCAUCCUAAUAUUAACAGCAAUGGCAGUAUUUGUCUUGAUAUCUUGAAGGAUCAGUGGAGCCCUGCCUUGACCAUUUCCAAGGUGUUGCUCUCAAUCUGCUCUCUUCUGACCGACCCAAACCCUGACGAUCCUUUAGUCCCUGAGAUUGCUCAUAUGUACAAGACAGACAAGGUCAAGUAUGAGACUACCGCCAGGAGCUGGACCCAGAAGUACGCAAUGGGUUAGGAUGAAAUUUUAAGUGAUAAUUUAAAUUGUUAUUAACCUAGGAUACCUUAAAAAAAUAAGUCUCGGGACUAUGCCUGUUGGAAACUCUUUAUCGGUUGUUUGCGCACAAUCUACCUGUUAUCAGCAUUUAAUGUUUGUCGAUAAUAAUUUGGUAUUUUCAGUAAUCAGUGCCCACUGAUGAAACCCAUGUUUUCUUCCGCCAACCUCUUUUUGGUUGGUCCAAUAAGGUAUCACAUCUUCUUUUA